AUGCGGGCGAUUCAAAAGCUGUUGUUCUUCCUCCUUUUUGGGUCUUUUGAAGAAACAGAAGAGUUUGAGAUAGUAAAGGUUUUGACCUUUUAUUCACAAUCAAAUCAAGUCAAUGGGGAACUAUAUGUGACAAGAAUGGAUCCACAAGCAUUCAUACGUUUAUCAAUUGGUUCCCUCGGAUUACGAUACCCGGAAACAAAUCCAAAAUCCCCCAAAUCCCAAAUACACACCUUCUCUUCCCCAUGCACCUGUGAAAUCCGCCUUCGAGGAUUUCCCGCUCAAAUCGCAUCAAUCCCACUCAUAUCAUCACCUGAAUCCACCCCAGAUUCACACAACAUUGCCUCAAGUUUCUACCUUGAAAAAUCGGAUUUAAAAGCAUUACUCACACCCGGGUGUUUUUAUAAUCCCCAAGCAUGUCUUGAAAUUGUUGUGUUCACAGGUCGAAAAGGGUCGCAUUGUGGAGUUGGAGUGAAGAGACAACAAGUUGGAACGUUUAAAUUGGAUGUGGGUCCCGAAUGGGGUGAAGGGAAACCAGUGAUUCUUUUCAAUGGGUGGAUUGGAAUCGGGAAGAUGAAACAGGAAACCAAGAAAUUUGUAGCGGAGCUUCAUCUGAGAGUGAAAUUGGAUCCUGACCCGAGAUAUGUUUUUCAGUUUGAAGAUGAAACGAAAUUGAGUCCUCAGAUUGUUCAGAUUCAAGGAAACAUCAAGCAGCCGAUUUUCAGUUGCAAAUUUAGUCAAGACAGGGUGCAGCAGGUAGAUCCGUUGAACAACUACUGGUCAAGUUCCGGCGAAGCUUCCGAUCAAGAAAUCGAGAGAAGAGAAAGAAAAGGGUGGAAAGUGAAAAUACAUGAUUUAUCAGGUUCAGCGGUGGCGGCGGCGUUCAUGACGACGCCGUUUGUUCCUUCAACAGGUUGUGACUGGGUUGCCCGGUCAAACCCAGGAUCUUGGUUAAUCGUCCGACCUGACGCUUUUCGGCCGGAAAACUGGCUUCCAUGGGGUAAACUCGAGGCGUGGCGUGAACGCGGCGGCGUUAGAGACUCCAUCUUCAUCCGCUUCCACCUUUUAUCCGAUGGACAAGAUGGAGGCGAGCUGCUCAUGUCGGAGAUACUAAUAAACGCCGAACGUGGUGGCGAGUUCUUCAUAGAUACCGACCGGCAAGCUACCUCUAACUCCAAUAUACCGAGUCCGCAGAGCAGUGGCGACUUCGCCGGAUUAAGUCCGGCGGUCGGCGGAUUUGUUAUGAGUUGCAGAGUUCAAGGAGAAGGCAAAAGAGGGAAACCAAUGGUGCAGCUGGCGAUGAGACACGUAACUUGUGUGGAGGAUGCAGCGAUCUUUAUGGCGCUGGCGGUUGCGGUUGAUCUGAGUAUCGAGGCUUGCCGGCCGUUUAGAAGAAGGGUGAGGAGGGGAAACCGCCAUUCUUGGUGAAGCUUUUCUGUCAGAGAACUUAUAAUUGUGUUUCGGUGGGACUUUGAAGGAAAGUUUACUGCUGCUUUCCUGUGUUUUAGUGUAAUGACUGACG